UACCAGUCAGCAGGAGUUUGGAUACACCAAACGAGUUUAAUGUUUAGUCAUUUCUAGACGUUAUAGACCUUUUAAUCCAGACCGCCUUCAUUUUCAGGGUCCGAAGGUGCCUGUGUUAACAUGGUGACUUUUACAUUAAUAAUUGAAGAACACUCCAUGAAAAAUUUUCACCGGUGAUGCAUAGAGUUUUAAGAGCGCUUGACCUGAUCCACCGACGUACCGGUGGACGCUUCAUCAGUAAAAGAUAAUGAAGAACCCGUCCCUUUUAAACAGCUUGAGCUUAAAAGGGAAUCGAAAACGCAAAGGAAAGCAAAACUUCUGAUUUACGAGCCAACUGAAGCAGAAAACUUGGACAUCAACAUGAGGACAACCCUAUCGAUUAUUUUCCUUUUAGUUGGGAUUGACUAUAUGGCCGCUAAGAAACACAAAGUAGCUGCUCCCCCUGAAGAAGAUGAAGAUGAAGUUAUUGAGAGUAGUGGUUUGCCAGGCCGUGAAUGUGACCCACCGCUCAGGGACACGUAUUGCCUAAAUGGUGGGACAUGUUUUAGAAUUCCAGGCCCUGAGAAGGCCCCUCACACAGGUCCCCAUUGCGUUUGCCAGACGGGUUUUAUAGGGAAUAGAUGUCAGGAUGUUGAUAUUGACUUAGGGAACUUUCUUGACAAUUUCAACCGUGUGUGAACUUUUUAAUGUAGCAUGUA